CACAAAUACCCGGGAGUUAUGAAAUAUUGACCGUCAAGGUUGAGGGGCCUGAUUUGCGUUCUAUUUCCAGUAAUAUAGGAUAGCAAUGACAAGGGGUAGGAAGUCCUUGCUUUCUGGUAUGAAACUGUCCUACACUUGUGAAUGGCCAAACUGCUGUAAUACAUACAAUAACGAAAAUUUACUCAAAUAUCACCAGCUGCAACACUUUAGAGAACUAUGUGAGCAACCUUCGCAAGGUUCACGUCUUCCUGUCUGUGGCAUAUGUAACGCCUCCUUAAAUAUAACUGAUGUUGAUGGGAUUGAAAGGCAUUCGUUUUUUCAUUCAUGGGUUAACCAACUGAAAGCUAUUGGGAAACAUAUUUUGGAAAUAAAUGACUGGCCUGUAUGUCUAUCCGACUCAGUAUCAUGCAAUUUGAUCCCCGAACUUCCAACCAAAUUCGAGUGUGGUUGGGAAUAUUGUGAUUUUAAGACCAACGAUGUUUGUGUAUUUAUUACUCAUGUAUCAAGACACCCAGAGGAGUAUACCGAUUCUCGAUAUCCUACAAAUGUACAGUUAAAAUGUCUAUGGGAGAAUUGUACAUAUGUGGCUAAUCGUUUAAGGAAUCUUUCAAGUCAUUUGGAUACUCAUACUCAAGCCAAACGUGCAGCUUGUCCUACAUGUGGUUUAUUGCUUGUUGAUUUCCGUAAAUUAGAAGAUCAUCUUAAACGCCAGCAAAUUCAUUUAUUAAAUAAAAGCACCAACUUUAAGGAGAACUUGCAUCAUUCGGUCAACCCUGUGAAAUGCAGUCGUUGUCGAAAAGUAUUCAGUACACAAAGAUUAUUGAUGUCGCACAUGAAAAGACAUAUCAAUACAGUGAAAUGCCCUUUUUGUGAUAUGACUGUCUGGAGCAAGUCAGCUCUAGAACGUCACAUUUUAUUUCGACAUUCAAAUGAGAAGCCACAUAAAUGUCCAUACUGUAAUUUUACAUUUAAACUUACCAGUUGUUUAACGCGGCAUUUAAGUUCUAGACAUAAAAUUUAUGAAUCAAAUGAAAAUGAUAAGAAGUCAACUGAUCCAGUUGUACCGGAUACUACUCAAUCUGAUUUAGUUGGUGAAAAAUGGCCUCACUCUGUAUCUAUUGCUCCAAUCCAUGGACCAUUAGCUCAAGCUGGUGCCUUACCAAAUGUUCAAGCAGAUAUUUCAACUCCUACAAACAAUGAUACUACUCCUUGUGCAAUAGUGGAUGUAUUUGUCUGUCCUCAUAAUGGUUGUAAUUUCAAAACUAACAAAAGAAAUGGUUACCUUGUUCAUAUUGGUCGUAAACAUCAUCCACUUCCAUCCAAUUCAUCACUAGAGUCAUCAUCAGAUCGUCCAUAUAGUACCGAUAACUCACCAAAUACUUCUCAAGAACGUUUAUAUAAGUGUCAUAUGUGCUCUGCUGUUAAACGACGGGGUAACGAAUUAUCAAAGCAUUUGGUGAAAGAUCAUCAUUUAGCUCGUCCUUCUGGGCAUGUCCGUUUUACUUACACUAUUUCAGAUGAUGGGCAUUAUCGCCUUCAGUUAACUCGUCUUGAUACUGUACGUGUUGCUGCUCAACUGCUUGGUGAGACAGUUGUUAGUAAAUUACUCGUUGAGACAAGGAAUCAACAGUUGCCCAUCUGUGAAUAAGAUUUUUUCUACAAUCAUUUCAAAUAUAUACCUUUAUCACAAUCCCUUCCCCAUAAGGUUUUACCCACUUUGUACAGGUUCUUCGAUUGAUAUAUCCAGACACCUCAAUAAACCAUGCUUUUAAUCUGUUUCAUUUAGCUUCUUUAUUUUGAUGUUUUUGUGUUCAAUAUAAGGUUUUUUGUCAUAUAUUUAGUUCUAUUGUUCACAAAAUAGAUUAAAGUAUUUUCCAAUAUAUUUUAAAAUGAUAAUGAACAUAUAUGUUUUUAUUUGUCUUUAUAUCUAAUCUCCAAAUGGUUAUAUCAGAAAAUGCAGGCUGUAUGCAACAAACGAAUUUAUCUCAUCUUAGUAACAUUACUCUGUAACUGAUUAUAAAGAACUCAUAUCAGUGAUAUAGUAUACUCAAAUGCUGUGCUGUCGGUUUUAUCUUUUGAGAGACUGUAUAAAUGGCAUUAACAGAAAUUUUCUUAAAAUACUUAGUAACCUUAUUUACCACCCGAAAAAAUGUAGUCUGUUGACAGUCUUCUGUUGCAUAUUUUAUUUGUUAUCAAUAGAUUCAUCUUAAAUAGCACUUGUGAUAACUUUAAAACAUAUUUUAUGUUUCAUGUAAUAAACUUGGAUGAACACUU